CUCUCUUGUAAUUUUCACAUCGACUGGAUUUCAGGCCAUUCUGGGUUGUGGUUUGGAGAGGUAACCGACUGUGGGACUGGACGUGUCCCUUUGUGGCUUUUGCCGGUGUGGCACUGCACCGUGCACCGAUUGGAUGUUGCCUGGGAGAUGAGGAUGUGCUGCUGGCACCAGGAAGGAAGGAUUUUGAUGUGAUGGGGUGCAGGACGAGCAAAGUCCUCCCAGAGCCACCCGCUGAUGUCCAACUUGACUUAGUCAAAAAAGUAGAGCCACAUCAGACUGAUGUCUAUAAAAACUUCAUUAAAAGUGACGGCGGCGGGGCAAAAACAGGCUCGCCAUCCCCUCAAGGUCAAAGCCAGGCUGCUGCGAAGGUGAGCCAGUCCCCUCCUCCAGCUAACAGCCAGACGGAGCCUGCUGACCCACACCGGAAAAAAGUAGCCAAAUACAGGGCCAAAUUUGACCCUCGAGUGACUGCUAAGUAUGAUAUCAAAGCUUUGAUAGGCCGGGGCAGUUUCAGUCGGGUAGUACGAGUAGAACACAGAAGCACACGGCAGCCAUACGCCAUCAAGAUGAUCGAGACUCGCUACCGUGAAGGCAGAGAAGUAUGUGAAUCUGAACUUUGCGUCCUGCGACGGGUGCGCCACACCAACAUCAUUCAACUGAUGGAGGUGUUUGAGACGGCUGAGCGGGUCUACAUGGUGAUGGAGUUGGCCACCGGCGGAGAACUGUUCGAUCGCAUCAUCGCCCGUGGGUCUUUCACAGAAAGGGACGCCACGCGAGUGCUGCAGAUGGUUCUCGAUGGGGUGAAGUACCUCCAUACGUUGGGCAUCACGCACAGGGACCUAAAGCCUGAAAACUUGCUUUACUACCAUCCUGGUGCUGAUUCCAAGAUUAUGAUCACAGAUUUUGGCUUGGCCAGCACACGGAAGAAAGGCGACGAAUGCCUGAUGAAGACUACAUGUGGAACACCUGAGUACAUCGCUCCUGAGAUACUCGUUCGAAAGCCGUACACUAAUGCAGUAGACAUGUGGGCGCUGGGAGUCAUCUCCUACAUACUGCUCAGUGGCACCAUGCCUUUUGAGGAUGACAAUCGCAUGCGCCUGUACCGACAGAUCCUCAAAGGGAAAUACAGCUUCUCCGGGGAGCCAUGGCCAAGUGUUUCCAAUCUGGCUAAGGACUUCAUUGACCGUGUCCUCACGGUGGAUCCCACUGAGCGUCUGACUGCGGGCCAGGCACUUAAACAUCCUUGGAUUGUCAGCAUGGCUGCUUCCUCCUCCAUGAAGAACCUGCAGCGGUCCAUUUCCCAGAACCUCCUGAAGAGAGUGUCAUCAUGCAGCCACAGCACCAAAUCAGCACAGUCCACUCGCUCCAGCCGCUCCACGAAGUCCAGCAAGGCACGACGUGUUCGUGAGAAGGAGCUGCGAGAACUUAAUCGCCGUUACCAGCAGCAGUGUAACGGUUGAGAGCGACGUACAAGUCACGUGACUGUGACAAACAAGACUUUGUGUACCUUACGAAAAACAUCGGAGCAGAGCAACAUUGUGCCUCAACUUAGAUGUCAACUUCCUGCUCCAUCA